AAUGUUAGCAUUAAAACACAAAGUGGCAGGUGUCUCUUGCGAUCUGCAUCUCGGAAACCCAAGGCGUCAGCUCAAAUAACUGCACCGAUCAAAAGCCAAAAGAAGAAGACGACUAAGAAGAGGAGGGGGAGGAGGAAGGAAGGAAACAUAAGCAACUGAUCAUAACACGGAAAUGAGCUCGCAAGCUGAGGAGGAGGAGGAGGAGGAGGAGGAGCGUCAAGGAGAACAAGCACGACACCGUUUUUACUACAGCCCCUGCUCUCUGUUUGAGCACGCCAUCAAGGCUUUCCUCAAGUGCCUAGGACUGCAUGACGAUCAUCAUGACUACCACUCCGGCGGAUCCGCUGUCACUGAUGAUCAAAACCACCACCACCACCCUCACCCUCAUCCUCACCCUCACCGGGAUCCACACACCGAAAGAGAAAUGAAAUUCACUGUACACACUGAAGAGGCGGUUAUAGUGAUGGCUGCUGCAAGGUCAGCAACAAGAGUACCAACAAGCAUAGCAAGAGCACGGCCGAAGAAUCAUAAUAAACCACCUUUAAGCUCCGGUAAAGGUGGUCAGAUUAAUUAACUGUUAUUUUUUCACGAUCUACUUAAUUCGUAGAUAGUUGUCUUGUCCACCUUAAUAUUAUUAUAACAUAUGCAUGCAUGGACUAGCUGCUGCUUCUUUCUUGCUUUCUUCUUCUUCUUUGAUUUCUCUGCGCGCGUUUGUAUAACUUUAAUUAAUCAACAUCUCUUUCCAAUCAAAUAUAUCUGCUGCAACUCA